AUGGCGGCGCCCAGCGAGCGGGGGCGCUUCGGGGUCGGGAACCUCUUCUCCUUCCUGCCCGGCGGCGCGCGCUCCGAAGCUAUGGAGGACCUGGUGACGGAUGCGCGCGGCCGGGGCGCGGGACGGAGAGACUCCGCUGCCGCCCCUGCCCCAUCUCCAACGCUGGCACCGACCCCCGAACCUCAGGCCGCCGAGGACGGUUCCCGGAGACGGCACUGCCGAGCCUGCGUGGACUUCAAGUCGUGGAUGCGGACGCAGCAGAAGCGGGGCAGCAAAUUUAGGGAAGAUUGUCCUCAGGAUCGUGAGGAACUGGGCCGCCACAGCUGGGCCGUCCUCCACACCCUGGCUGCCUACUACCCCGACCUGCCCACCCCAGAACAACAGCAAGACAUGGCCCAACUCAUACACUUGUUUUCCAAAUUUUACCCAUGUGAGGAAUGUGCGGAAGACAUAAGGAAGAGGAUACAUAGAAACCAGCCAGACACGCGCACACGGGCAUCGUUCACCCAGUGGCUGUGCCGCCUGCACAACGAGGUGAACCGAAAGCUAGGCAAGCCGGACUUCGACUGCUCUAAAGUGGAUGAGCGCUGGCGUGACGGCUGGAAGGAUGGCUCCUGCGACUAG